CCAUGACAUUUGUUUCACAGAUCCCCUUUGGGUCGUGUGACGAGUGUAGCGUACUUUGCAUUCAUUCUGGACGUUAAAAAGCCUCAAUUUUACUAGAAAAUAUAUCGUAUUUUCAAGCGGAACUAGUGAAUUUCGUAUAAAAAUGGCUUAUCGUGAUCGUGAACGUGGUGAUAGAAGAGGAGGCGGUGCUCGUGGAGGAGGUCGUUUUGGCCGAGAUGGAAGUGGCGGGGGUGGUAGAUUUGGUAGCAGUUCAAAUAGAGAUGGUGGUAAUUUUGGCAACAACUUUAAAAAUCGGCAACCUGGUGAACGUCUUCGGAAGCCAAGGUGGGAUAUGGCCACAUUACAGCCGUUUAGAAAAGAUUUUUAUCAACCUCAUCCUAAUGUUACAACCCGAAAUCCACAUGUUGUUGAGGCUUAUCGUUCAGAUAAAGAGAUUACUGUAAAGGGUACAAAUGUACCAGGACCAAACAUAUUCUUUGAAGAAGGGGGAUUCCCAGAUUAUGUCUUAAAUGAAAUCCGUAGACAAGGAUUUGGGGAACCAACUGCAAUACAAGCACAAGGUUGGCCCAUUGCUUUAUCUGGACGUGAUAUGGUUGGAAUUGCACAGACAGGAUCAGGGAAAACAUUGGCAUAUAUUUUACCAGCUAUUGUACACAUAAAUCAUCAACCCAGAUUAAAUCGAAAUGAUGGGCCUAUAGCUCUCAUUCUAGCACCAACAAGAGAACUUGCACAACAGAUUCAGCAAGUUGCAUCAGAUUUUGGAGUCUCAUCACAAGUAAGAAAUACCUGCAUUUUUGGCGGAGCUCCGAAAGGUCCUCAAGCUCGUGACCUUGAACGUGGUGUUGAAAUCUGUAUAGCAACACCUGGUCGUCUUAUCGAUUUUCUAGAACGUGGUACAACAAAUUUGCGUAGAUGUACAUACUUAGUGCUAGAUGAAGCUGAUAGGAUGCUUGACAUGGGCUUUGAGCCACAAAUUAGAAAAAUUGUUGAACAAAUCCGACCUGAUCGACAAACUUUAAUGUGGUCUGCAACAUGGCCAAAGGAAGUUCGAAAUCUUGCAGAAGAAUUCUUAACUGAUUAUAUACAAAUUAAUAUUGGUUCCCUCCAAUUGGCAGCUAAUCACAACAUCCUUCAAAUUGUUGAUGUAUGUGAAGAAUUUGAAAAGGAGGGUAAACUUAUGAAAUUAUUAGAAGAAAUUUCAAAUGAGCCAGAAAACAAAACAAUUAUAUUUGUUGAAACUAAAAGGAAAGUGGAUGAUAUAACACGUGCAAUUAAUAGAUAUGGGUGGCAAGCAAUUGGCAUCCAUGGAGAUAAGAGUCAACAAGAAAGAGAUUAUGUAUUAAAUCAAUUCCGGAAUAGCAGAUCUGCCAUACUAGUAGCCACAGAUGUUGCAGCAAGAGGAUUAGAUGUGGAAGAUGUUAAAUUUGUGAUAAAUUUGGACUACCCGUCAAAUUCUGAGGACUAUGUACACCGUAUCGGCCGUACGGGACGUUCACAGCGUACGGGAACCGCGUACGCGUUUUUCACACCUGGAAACGCGCACAAGGCUGGUGACUUAAUUCAAGUUUUAGAAGAAGCAAAACAAGUCGUAAACCCUAAGCUUUACGAGCUCUCAAGAAACCCAGGAAUUUAUAAAAGAGGUCGUUAUGGUGGACGCAGUGGAGGUGGCGGUGGACGUGGUUCUGGAGGCCGUGGUGGUGGUCCUCGAGGAUCUCGUGGUGGUCGUGAUGGAGGAGACAGGGGAGGCAGAUUUGAUCGUUCCAGUGGUGGCGGCGGUAGUGGCGGAGAUAGAGGAAAAUGGAAUGGAAAUACUAGCAGCGGUAUGGGAGGUGGCAAUUAUAGUAGCAAACCAUUUUCCCAAAACAGUUAUGGCGGAGUUUCAGGCGGUGGAUCUAGCAGUUAUCAAAAUGGCAGUGGUGGAUACGGCGGAAGUGGAGGAGGUGGUGGUGGUGGAAGCAACUAUAGACAACAAAAUGGUUAUUAACUUCAAAAUAAUGAACUUCAAAAGAGUUUUAUGUAAUAUAGUAAAAAUAAGAAAAGAAAGGAGAAUGAUUCUAUUCGCGAACGAGAAACAUAGUUUCCGAGUAAUGUGCUUUUUGCUGGAACUGGACACAAAGCAAAUUAGAAUAAAUGCGAUAAUAUCGCUGUUGAAAACCAGGACGUUUCAUAUUAGGAUGUCCCAGUUGUGUCGAGUCAAGGACACCUAGCAUUCUCUUCUUUUUCUAAGUAAAAAUAAAUGUAAGUGUAAUAAUAGAAGGUAAAGCUUUGAUAAAACCUUCGAUUUAUGACGUCAGUUGCGAUUACUAGUUUCUUUGCAAUACUACGUACAAGUCUAUUCUUUAUGAGUUUGAAUGUACAUUGAAACAAGAAAGAAGUUUGUGAAAUCUAAAUGCAAGAUGCAGCAGUAUUUAUUUCCUGAAAUAAAUAUUUUUUAUUUUUAUAAUUUAUAAUUUCCCAUAAGUAAGGAAAUUCAACUUUUGCAAGAAAAUAAGUACAUGACUUUUGGUAGCUUAUUUCGUGGCUAUCCUCUUAAAAUUUAACUAGCAAGGAAUAUCAUUCAAGUGAUAAUUUACGAUUUGAUGAUGCAUGGAUUAGCUGUAUUACUUAAAAGCGUACAAUGCACUACACUGUAGUUAAUUUAAAAGCGCAUGAAAUCUCAGUGCACCAUAGUAUUAGAAAUUUAAUAAAACAAUACAUAAGUAUGAGAUAUAAACAAUUUCAUUACAAUAUUUUACUUUUCUCUCAUGGGAGCUAAAUACUUUGUUUAUCAAAUUUCUAACGCACGUAAGAAUGUGUACGUCGCUUUAACACAAUAAGUUCUAAACUACAUAACUUAUAUACGUAAAUUUCAUAAAACCUAGUACAUUUAAGUAAGGAUAUAAUAAAUAAGAUAAAUAAGAUAAUGUAAAAGAAAUAUUUUUCUUAUGAAAUUACUUUAAAUAUUAUACCUUUGUUAUUAUCAGUGAUACAUGAUAUGAUACUGUUUAUGUAAUAUAAGUAACUUGUCAUAAUGCCGAAACAAAUAAUCAAUGCCGUGCUUCACGGAAAAGUACCUUAUUUAUUUUGUGUGCAGCAUUCUUCAGAAGUCAUGCGAUUAGGUCAAUGUUAUUGAUUCAUUCCAAUAUAUAGUCGUUCUGUAUAACUACAUUUCUGCGAUAUUAUUAGAAUUCUCACGACUACUUGUGUCAAUCAAAUUGUUUUUGAGAUAGGGAAAUUCACACCAUAAUAUCAAUUGUCAUUCAUUGCGAUAUUCAACAUAUAAUGCAAUAAUGUGUAUAUUUUUCAGUGACUAUAAUAUCCACGUGAGUAGAUAUAUCGACAUUAAUGAAUAAAUCGAAUCUAUUAAGUCAAAAUGUAGGAACAAAGUAUUAUUGUCUCAUUGAUACAAUAAACAUUGUAGAGUCAAAAUCAUCAUAAUAUUUUUAUAUUGUACAAUGGUCAAUGAAUAAUAAAGUAUUCCACUUUUAAUUGUACUAAUAUCGCAUUGUACUAUUACGUAAUAUUGCUUACUAGAUAGCAUGCAUUUGUGAAAUUGAAUGUAUGUGUAUAGUAUAAUCGAUUAAAAUUUGUAUUUGAUGAAUAAAGAGAAGUCUGUGAAUAA